AUGGCGUCGUCGCUGGAUGACUUCCAGGACGAUUUGGAUUUUCAAUCCAACCAUGACGAUUAUGGACACUCUUCUAAAUUAUCCAGAGCCUUGCUUUAUCUACAAAUCUAUUUUGUUACUAUUGCUACAAUCCUUGGAACUGGAAUUUUAGGUUUACCGGUAACAUUGUCGCGUUCUGGGAUGGGUCCAUUUACUGUUGUUUUUAUAUUUGGUUUCUUUAUGCAAGUCUUAUUAAUUUACUUUUUUACAAUCCUAUUGCAAAAAGCAUUUGCAAUUAAAAAUUUAUAUGGCGGCAUCAAUGAUAAGGAUCUUGAUAAUGAAAGUUUGCCGCUACAUCCAGUUCCGAUCGCGUCGCAAGAUAAUGAGGAAGAAAACGAAGACUUUGUUACUGGCAAAGUUAUACAACCUCUGGAUUUGAGUGAAAGAACUUACCCUGAUUUACACAUGAUGGGCGAACUAUUUUUACCUUGUUUUGCGCGACAGUUGUUUGACCUAUGUACAGUCUUGCUUUUUGUAUCAUUGCUCAUUAGCUAUGCAUUGGCUGGUAGUGAAGCAUAUGCAGAAAUUAUUGGCGCUAGGCAUGUCUUUGUUAUUCCUUUUUUUUGUUGGAUUUGCACUUUAUUAAUUAUUUUCGCCCAAAAAAUCAUUCAACCCAUGGUUUCUAUUCUUACGUUAGCUAAAGGUGGCCUACUUAUUGGAACGGUCUUUGUUACAUUCUACGUUGGUACACAAGUUAAUCAAGAUAGUCAUACUAAAUGGAAAUACAUAGGGUCUCCAUUUCUGAUGGGUACAGUUGCCGUAGGUCAAAGGAUUUUUAAAUUCUAUCCUGCUUGGCUUAUUAACAUGUGUAAUACUAAAUAUUGCUUGAGAUGCACUGACAUACAGGGUGGCGAUUUAAUAUUCAAUGACACUAAUGGUAUUAUCCAUUGUAAUGUCUCAUUAGCGUGCACCAUCGAAUUGUCUGUAUACUUCUUAGCUUUUGGUAUCAUCUUCGCCAUUGCUAUGAUGGACCCUAGGGGAUUCGUAACGAUUCUCGACAAAGCAGCCUCGUUACUAAUGAAUUUGCAAGCUGGCCUUUUCAUUACAUUCAUGAUUCAUAGAGCUCAGACUGGAGGUUACAAAAAUUUACCCAUUCCUGUCAAAAUGAAUGGCUAUUUGUAUUAUUGUAGUUACAUUAUGACAUUUUAUUUUAUAUUUGCCGUCGUUUAUGACGUCGUCAUAACAGCAGUCCAUGCUCUGAAAUGA